AUGACCGAUCGCGAACGCGUGCUCUACGAGCGCUGCGGCCCCCGGCUCGUCGUACUGCUCGGCAGUGUGGUGGCCAGCGGAGCCACCGCGCUGACGAGUGUCUCCGUCAAAACGUCCCUGAUGUGGGUGAUCAUGACGUACGGCGUGAUGAACGGCGUGGGAAUGGGACUGGUGUACACCGUGCCGUUGCUGGUCGGCUGCAAGUGGUUCCCAAACAGCAAGGGCAGGGUGAGCGGAAUAUUGACCGCCGGCUUCGGUCUCAGUGGCAUGGUCUUCACCGCCAUACAGACCAGCUUCAUCAACCCUGAUAAUGUGUCUACGGAGGAGGACGGCUUCUUCCGCGAUGCGGCGCUGCUGGAUCGCGUUCCGAAGGUGUUUCUGCUGCAGGCUGGGCUUUGUGGCCUUCUAAGAUUAUAUGCGUUUUCGGGCUUCAUAAUCCACCAGCGCGGAAUGUAG